CCUCCCUCUGACAAUUAUUAUGAUUUUCACCAAUCAAAACAAACCACGAUUUAACUUUGACAGUCACAGUCAAAAUAAAUGUCGUGUUAGAGAUUAUGCAUGUGUAAUAUGAAUAUUUUCUGUAGAUUGUUGGAGAUAAACUGUUCCAAGUUCUAAUAAAAAAAUAUCCAAAAUGUUGAGCAGUUUUGAUAGCAUAAAUAGGAACUUUUUGUUCAAAACUACGCCAUAUCUAGUCCUUUUAGCGUUUGAAUUAUUUUUAGAUGUUUCAGAAUGUAUGACACAGGGUGAAAUAGAUAAGCAUUUAGAAUUAGGUAAACAGUAUUUAGCUAAAGGCCAGUUAGGAGAUGCUCUUAGUCAAUACCAUUUGGCAGUAGAGGGUGAUUCGAACAAUUACCUAACAUAUUUUAAGAGAGGAACCGUGUACCUUGCUUUGGGGAAAGCCAAAAAUGCCCUGAGCGACUUAGAUAAGGCAUUAGAAUUAAAACCAGAUUUUACUGCAGCUCGGUUGAGUAGGGGAAACAUCCACCUCAAACAGGCUAAUUUCGAUUUAGCACAGCUAGAUUUUUAUAAUGUGCUAAAAACGGACCCUUACAAUGCCGAAGCGAACGAGUACAUCCACCGUAUAGAUCCAGCCAAAGAAAAAAAACGCAGCGCCGAAUACCAUUAUGCGCACGACGACUACGUGUCGGCCAUACAUUACUUGUCCGAAGUUAUCGACGUCAGCCCUUGGGCGGCCGAUUUAUAUGAGUUUCGCUCCGAGCUACACAUGUUGAACGGGGACGAGAGUUCAGCCAUAUCGGACAUCAAGUGGACUACGAAGUUGCAGAGUGAUAACACCGACGGGUAUUUUAGACUGUCGCAAUUGUUGUACAAGGCCGGACAGGCUACCGAGGCUCUGAAGGCGAUCAGGGAGUGUCUGAGAUUGGAUCCCGAGCAUAAGGAUUGUUUUCCGUUUUACAAACGCAUCAAAAAAAUCGAAAAGUUCCUCACCGACGCCGAAACCUCCCUAGAAAACAAACAGUAUACUGAAUGCAUAGAAUCGGCGAACAAAGUCCUCAAAAACGAAAAGGACACUCCGACCGUCCUCUACGAAGCCAAACGUUUGCUGUGCAGUUGCUACGCGCGCGAUGAGCAAAGCUCCGAAGCUAUAACAGCAUGCAGUGAAGCUUUGGCUCACAACGAGGAUCCGAACGUAUUCUGCGAUAGAGCCGAAGCGUACUUGAGCGCCGAAUUGUACGACGACGCGAUCAGGGACUACAAAUCGGCGCUGGAAAUCGAUUCGCAUUUUGAAAGGGCCAAAGAGGGUCUUGGUAAGGCGGAGAACAGGCAGAAACAGGCCGAAAAACGAGAUUAUUACAAGAUAUUGGAGGUGAAGCGAUCGGCCACCAAGAAGGAGAUCGUGAAGGCAUACAGGAAGAUGGCGCAGAAAUGGCAUCCGGAUAAUUAUCAGCUGGACGAGAAGAUGAAGAAGAUCGCCGAGAAGAGGUUUAUCGAUAUCGCAGCCGCCAAAGAGGUGCUGACAGACGACGAAAAAAGGCGGCAGUUCGACAACGGCGAAGAUCCCCUGGACCCGGAGUCGGGCCGCGGGAACGGCAUGCCGAAUUUCCAUCAUUUCCAAAGUUUUCACGGUAGUCCUUUCCAAUUUAAAUUCCACUUUAACUAAUUUCAAUAAAACAGUAUAAAUCUCCCAGAUACGUACACGUUUUGGUCGUCGACUCUUUUUAUCAUAGACAUUUUUUUAUAUUCCCUACUCAGUAAGUUAAAAAAAUGUCCACAAUGUGCGUAAAGAGCGAAAGAUUGUGCAAUUUCAGGUAGAUAAAAAAAUGGCUACCGCCGAUUACGAAAAAAAAUCAUCAGAUCAGUCAAUAGUUAUUUCUAAAGAAAAAAAAUAUGUUUGGGUCCUUUCCGCCUAGAGACGUCUCUGCGAAAAUUAUUUUGGUUAAGUGACUCUCGUUGGAAAGUUCUUGAAUGCCCCUAUCUAACUGUCGAUAUUUUUUAUUGAUUGAUGGAUGAGAUAUAACCACCUAACGGUUUUUUCGGAUUUAUUUUUGUUUUAAAUAUCGAAAUAAAAUGUUGUACACGGUUAUCUUUUAUUAACGGUUUUUACGAAAAAAAAUCAUCAUCGAUGCAAUCAAUAUAUAUUUCGAAAGCGAAUAAUUAUUUUUGGACCCUACAACCUAGAGCCGUCCCUGUGAAAGUCAUAUUGGUCGAGUAACCACUCGUUUGAACGCUCUUACAUGUCUCUAGCCAUCAGACUCUUGAUAUUUUGAGUGGUAGUUAGGGAUGAUAUGGGCAUCUAACGGUUUUAUCAUUGUUUAAUUAUAAAAAAAAAAAAAACAGCUUCAAGUUUCUGUAUCUGCCCUACUUACCAAUAAAAAUAAACAACAGCUGUAUAAUUGAAUAAAGAAUAACAGAGCUUUCAAACGAGGUGUCACUCAACCGAUUGAAUUUUCACAGGAUCGGCUCCAAGGACUUAAAUUCGGUAGGUUUUCGUUUUGGAAAUAAAAUAGCGCAUCUCUUGAGUGAUCUUGCUAUUUAUUCAUUCUAGACCAACAUUAACUUUGCCCAAAAACAUGGAAAUCUGAGUUGUUGUUUAAGAUUUUUGUUAGAUCUAUUAUGACAAAAAAUCAUAAUCAGAUCAGUCUAUUUUAAUUUUUAAAGUGGAGACAUUUUUUGGGGCCCUUUCCUCCUAGAGGUGUCCUUGGUUUAGUGACCAUUCGUUUCAAAACUCUAGAAUUCUUUUAUCUAAGUGCACUACUGUUGAUAUUUUUUAUUGAUUGAUAUGGGAGAUCUGGACAUCUAUGUUUGCGAUUUUAAUUUUUUUUAAUUAGAAAUGUUAGAUCAUUUUUUUUUAACAUGGGCAUGUAGAACUUUUAACGGGUUUAUCCUACUUUGUUUCCAUAUUUCUCCUACGUAUCAAUAAAAAUGAAAAAACCGAAUAAUUGGAUAGAGAAAUGAGAUGUCACUUGACCGAUCGAAUUAUUACUCCUGUGGGAAAGGGCUCAAAUUUGAUCAUUUUUCGUUUAAAAAAUAUUAAUAAUUUUUCUAAGGAUUAUAGACCAAAAUUAACUUUGUGCAAAAAUAUAAAAUUUGAGAUGUUGGUUAAGGGGUCCCGAUUAAAAUUUCUCGGUGCAUUUAAUAAUGUGCUUUUAUUUAUUUUUAUUUGUUUAAGAAAGCGCAUUUUCUCUUGGGACUUCAUAAAAUCGAUAGGGUUAAUUUAGGGAUAUUUAUAGGUUUAAUUUGUAAUGUGUGUACCUGAAUUGCACCGACAAUUGUUUUUGUUGCUUCGAAAAUGCUAUUGUAUAAAAUGUAUAAAAAAAAUGGACUGAACUCGUAGACCAUACAAUGUAAAUAUUUUUAUUAUUUAAAAUAAAUAUUUAUAUGAAACGAA